AUGAAUGAAUACUCCUAUAAUCACUCAGACCCCGAUCAAUCCAGCCCGCUCGGUUGGACUCUUCUACAGAUUGCCCACGGAGUGAACACCGUCCAGGGGGUCGAGACUGGCAUGAUAAAUCUCGCGCGCAACACGGACCUGCUGCAUACAUUUGCGCAACACAAUAACAUGACUCUCGCGGGCCGGGCGAACUACACCCUCUGGUACAGCGACCCGGGAAUCGCUCGCAUCCAUAUGGUGGUGGUCGAGGUCGAUUCUGACAAGCUUGCUGAACAGGCAAAGACGCGGGCUAUAGCUUACAUGCUCAUGGUUCAAAAAUCCCGUUGGCAGGCCUGCGACAUGCUGGCCGUGGUCUACGGUCUUGUCCACGAUGAGAACAGCCGUACCUUUACGUUCCUCCGUCUGGACACCACAAGAAAGAUUCAACGCACGACCGAACGUUGGGAAUUCUUUUCUUCAACCAGGAACUUCGCCAUCACAUCAAUCCUGUGGAAUAUCUUCGGGGAGGCGCGGAUGUAUGAAGAUAGCUCGGUGGAUCCAGACUACAAGGAUAGUCUCCGGGACCCAAACUCUGAGGGAUCCUCCACUUGCACCGGGGGGGAUGAAGAGGACUUGACCUUAAGUGACUGCUGA